CAUCACGCUGUUUCCACAAAUUCCUUCUUAGCUUGGUCCGAAAACCACUCAGCCCAGCCGGAGAUAUUGGACUAUGUCAAAGACGUCGCAAGAAAGCACAGAAUCUACGAGCGCAUCAAGUUUCAGCACGAAGUCAAAACGCUCACUUGGAAUGAUCAGCUGAAAAAAUGGAUUGUCCGGUACGUCAAUGCUUCCAUCGCAAAAGCUGAUGACGAGACGCAGAUGUUCGACAUUAUAGUCAUGGCACCAGGAGGCCUUCGCAUUCCACACAUUCCGAGCGAAUUGAAAGCUUUCACUGGACCUGCAAUGCAUACGGCCGAGUGGAAUCACCAAAUCGAUUUGAAAAAUAAAAGAGUCGCUGUUAUUGGCAGUGGAGCGUCGGCCGUUCAGGUUAUUCCCAGCAUCGUUGACGAUGUUCAUACGCUGCAUUGCUACCAGCGGAAACCGCCGUACAUUUUCCCCAGGGCUCAGUUUACAUUCCCGAAUUUUCUGAAGAAAAUUUUCUUUUACAUCCCGUUCAUAAUGUGGCUGUACCGGUGCAUGAUCUACGUACGGCACGAGCUAUUGCACAAAGCAUUUUAUGCAGGCAGCCUGUUCAACAAAUUAGCCCACACAUUGACCAAGAGAUAUCGUCGAAACGAAUUGAGGGCGCACAAACACUUGCUGGACGAUCUGACUCCCAAAUACGGUUUCGGAUGCAAACGAGUAAUUUUGUCCGAACAAUACUACGGUGCAAUGACACGGCCCAAUCUUCAUGUACAUACGAGCCACAUUGACAAAAUUGUCGAUCAGACGAUCUACACCAAAGAUGGAACAAAAGAGGAAAUCGAUGUUCUGAUACUGGCCACUGGCUUCAAAGUUCUUGAUUACUUCAGCCCCAUGCAAAUAUUCGGAAAAGAUGGCCAGAAUGUGCUCCAAACUUGGGUCGAUAAAGAGCCCCGAAGCUAUUACGGAAUCGUCUUCAGCUCAUCGCCAAACCUCUUCGCUCUCCUCGGGCCCAAUACGUCACUCGGUCACAGCUCCGUCAUUUUCAUGGUCGAAUGUCAGGUCAAUUUUAUGAUCAAUGCCGUCCGGGAAAUGAUGCGACGAAACGCUAGGGUGAUCAAUCUGAAAGUUGAGGCUGAAGACGAGUUUAUGGACAAGUUGAAAGCGGAUUUGAAGAACACCGUGUGGAACAGUGAAGAUUGCGGUUCGUGGUAUGUUAACGGAAGAGGUGCCGUAACGGCUCUGUGGGGUGAUAAUUGCACCAAUUACUGGAGACAGACUAGAACCACCGACUGGUCUAAAUUUGAAAUUAAAUAAAAAAUGGUUUGCUGGCUGGACUA